AUGCGGAUCUCGCCAUGGGCGGGCUUGUUGCUGCUCGGCAACACCGUUCUUUCUCACGCAGUUCACGACAAGGCACCGAGGGCGUUGGCGACGAUAACCCCGUGUCCGGCGGCACCUGUCUCGUUCGCGCCCCCGCCGAUCACGGUCACCAGCCAGUAUCAGGAGGUGUCGACCUGUGAGGCCAAAACGGCCUGCCUGAAGCGGAGGUGUACAACGCAAUACUCCUAUCAUACCUACGACUAUGUCUCGACCAUCAUCCCUGGCCCCGACUCUCCGAUCACGGUGACCCGAACGGAUCAGUCGGUGUUGAUCUCGCACUCCUCCACCACCAUUACCAGUACGGCGCUGGUGACCAAAGUUCGGUUUGGCCACCGGUUUACCGCUACAGCAACCGCCUACACCACUCAGGUCAAGGAAUGGAGUGCGUUAUACAAGGACAUCGGCCCUCUGGCUCUGCCGGGAUAUGAGGGUAGCGGCCUCUGCCAGUCCUGCAAAGGUCCCCACGGCGAAAAGCGACAACAGCUCGAGGUGAUCGAGUGUGUCAGCCAUCCGAAAGGGCCCACGGUGUGCAGGGGAGGCGUCGAGGACUGGAUCUAUAUCCCAGCUCCCACUUCCACCUCCAAGGCCACGGCGGUCUGCUCGUCCAAGGCAGUUGCCCCCUCCGCGGGUACCUUUAUCUUCGCAUUCCCCCAGCACGCGCCCCCGGCUGUGAUCCACGUCCCGGCGAGGACGGUCACGUAUACGGUCGGAGGCCCUCAUCCGGGUGUGGCCACCACCACGCUGACCGAGACGGUCACUACUCUCCCGGGACGAGACUGGACGGCCUUUGUAACCCGCAGCUUUGUGCGACCAACCACGUUCGACUUCACCGUGACGGUCACCAAGACCAUCUUCUAUACGGUCCCGCCCUGGGUGGCACCGUGGCCCACGUGA